AUGAAGAGAAGAACAACAAUAGCUAAUAGCAGGAACAUCUCUAAUACCUCAUUAAUCUCUAAGAAGGGAAAUUUAAGAUCAAGAACUUCUCCUCCAGCCACCACAAACAGAUACGAUGACAUAAAUAAAUCAAAGCAAGCUAAUAAUAACAAUAGCAAUGACAACAACAAUCCCGUAUCCAAUUCCCUCAAUACAAGAGGUUCUAAUAUACAGGUCUAUGUACGUUGUAGAUCCAGAAAUCAAAGAGAAAUAGAUGAAAAGAGUAGUGUAGUCAUAUCAACUAGAGGUCACCAGGGGAAAGAAGUUAUAUUUUCUAGCUCCUCUUCCCCGUUAUCAUAUCAAAGAAAAACUUACUUUUUUGAUCAAGUAUUUGGUGCAGAAAGUGAUCAAGAAUUAGUAUUCAACACCACUACCAAGAAUUAUAUCGAAGAAAUGUUGCAAGGUUAUAACUGCACAAUCUUUGCUUAUGGCCAAACCGGCACAGGGAAAACUUAUACUAUGUCUGGUGAUUUAAAUAUACUGGGUGACGUAACUUCUAGAGAUAAGAUUCUGCUCGGUGAACAUGCUGGGAUCAUACCAAGGGUACUUGUUGACUUGUUCCAAAGAUUAGACAAAGAAAAGGGACAAUAUACAGUUAAAAUAUCUUUUUUAGAACUUUAUAAUGAGAGACUGAAAGAUUUACUAUCCAAUGUUAAUAAUGGCGAAGAAGAAUCGAUCCGAAUAUUUGAUAAUAACUCCAAUAAUACACCUAAUAAUAAUGCAAAUUUACUGAAUCCAAUUAACAAAAACUUAAAUAAAAGACAUAGCAUAUCGAGCUCUAAUUUGUCAUCUAAUCAAAAUUUCUCCCAACUUCGGUCCAAACUAUAUAACUCAAAUACAACAUCCAAUUUUGGUGAUAAUCAAUCAUCUAUCAUGGUGAAAGGUAUGGACGAGAUCUAUAUUAAAUCUGCAUUUGAAGGUUUGCAAUUAUUAACGGAAGGUUCGCUAAAAAGAAAAGUAGCAGCCACCAAAUGUAAUGAUUUAUCAUCUAGAUCUCAUACAAUUUUUACUGUAACUACCAAUAUUGUUCAAAUUGAUCCGAUCUCUGGGGAACAAUUUGUUAAGAUCGGCAAACUAAAUUUAGUUGAUUUGGCAGGUAGUGAAAAUAUCAAUAGAUCAGGUGCAGAAAAUAAAAGAGCUCAAGAAGCUGGCUUAAUCAACAAAUCAUUACUCACGUUAGGACGAGUAAUAAAUGCAUUGGUGGAUCAUUCACAACACAUUCCAUAUAGAGAAUCUAAAUUAACAAGAUUAUUGCAAGAUUCGUUAGGUGGGAAGACCAAAACUUGCAUUAUAGCAACGAUAUCACCUGCCAAAAUAUCCAUGGAAGAAACUAUAAGUACUUUAGAAUAUGCUACGAGAGCCAAGUCGAUUAAAAAUACGCCACAAGUCAAUCAAUCUUUAGCUAAAGAUGCUUCUUUAAGCACAUAUAUUAAUACGAUUGAAAAAUUGCAAAAUGAUUUAAGAGCAAGUAGACAAAAAGAAGGUAUAUAUAUCACACAAGAUCAAUAUGAUUUGUAUGAGAGUAAUUCGAUUUUGGUUAAUGAACAAAAGAUGCGAAUACACAACAUGGAGGAUCAAUUAGAAAGAUUCAAAAAAAAAAAUACGUGGAACAAACUGAGAUCAAUAAAGAAUUGGAACAAAAAUGCAAUAGUAUGGAAGUUGAAAAAAAAAUCUUUACAAUCUGAUAAGUUUUUUUUAAUAUCUUUAAUUGAGGAAUACUUACAAAAAUGGGAUAAUUUAUCCAAUGAAAUCAAACAUAUCCAUAACAAUAAUAUAACUUUAUUAAAUGAAAUUAACACUGAAAGAAAUCAUUUAUGUUCAGAUCUAAAUGUUAGUAUUGAUGAAAGAAAGGAAAUAUCCACUCAAAUUCUGAAACAGAUUGAUAUGUUGAGUAAACUUCAAAUAACUACAAAGGAUUAUAAUCAAAGAUUUGAGACUGUACUUAAAGGUGUUAAUGGUGAGUUAGAUACAAAAACCACACAAUUUGAAACAAACACUUUAAAAAUAUUAGAAGAUAUCAAUAUAGAUGAUGUUAUCACCUCUGUAGAACAAAUGGAAACAUCUCUUAAAUCCUGUUUUAAAGAACUGAGUGAACCAAGAGAUGCAUUAAUUCAACCUAUAUAUAAAACACAUAGAGAGAUUGUAGAAAAUUGCUUAUCAGAUAUUAAGACGUUCUGUAAAGAAUUAGAAGCUAAAAAUGUUAAUUUGGUGACUGCACUCUCUUCUACAGUAAAUAAUAAUUACCAGUCAUUCGAAUCCAUGAUUAAUAAUAAAAAUAAUCAAACAUCUGAAUUAAUUGACAACAAGAUACAAUAUAUUCAAAGUCUUGAACAACAACUGCAACAGGAGAGACAAGCAUCAAUGAAUAUGCAAAAGCAUAUCCAAUCACUACAAAAUUACAUUUCAAAAGAUAUCCAAGGACAAAGAAUAGGUAUGUUUGAAAAUAUGUCUCGUAUCUUUAAGGCAUUAGAAAGACAACAAUUGGAAUUGGAUCAGAAUAUAUAUGAAAAAUCACUUUUGGCUUUUAAUAAUUAUAAUAAAGAGACAGAGACAGCAACAAAGAAGAUUUUUAGUGAUCUGACAAUAGGCUCUAUUGAAUGUAUGGAAAAUAUUCAAGCAUUGAAUAAACAAACCAACAAAGAAUUAUUAACAACUAUUCAACAAAACAAUGAUGCAAACAAAAAACUAAUUGACAGUAUUUCAUUCUCAAAUGAUAUUUCUAGAUUAAUUAAAAAGCUUGAAUGUCAUUGUAGUCAAGAAACAUCGCUAAAACUACAAACUGUGAUUGAUUCCACUGAUUCAAGUAUUUCAUCAAAUAUCGAAAAAGCUAAUAUUCAAAUAAUACAAAUUAUAAAAAAUUUAUCUAAUAAUGUUUCCUGUGUUUCCAAUGUCAAUAAAUUACAACUUUCAAAACUAUCCACUUGUGUUAAAGAGUUAUGCGAAUACAUUUUGAAAACAUAUCAUGGUAAUUUAUUUCAAAUAUCAACUACGCAAAAUGAUAUAUUGUCCGAUCAUUACACUAAUUUAAAACAAAUUACAGAAGAAUUAACAAUUUUGAUCAAUUCCAAUACUGAUUUCCAAGAAAUAAAGCCACUGAUAGAUGUUGAAAAUCGUAUUCAAGCAAAUAUUCCCACCUUUACUCAACCUAAAAAUUAUGAAAUAUAUAAAGAUAUAAAAGAACAAGACAUGCAUAAUUCAAUACCAAGUAAUGAUACUACAGAAGAAAUGUCACCAAAACCUGAUACCGAACCACUGACAAACCCAAGUACUCCUGUACCAGUACCAGAUCAACCUUUACCAAAAGUGCUAGUACCAAAAAGCAUAAAUUCAACCAGUAAACGUGCCUAUAUUAUACCUGGAUUAUUAAAGGAGAAUGACACAGAACACAAAGGAGAAAAUAAUCUUAAGAGAAAAUUUAGUACAGCAAUGAAACCAGAUAAUGAGAAAAUGGUUUCAGAUAAAUAUCCUAACAAAAAUCCACAAUAA